AGCUGAAGCCACCGAGACCAGAUUCUUGAUUAGGUUGUGUUUAGUUUGCCUACUGCAAUCAAAUGCCUUUUGAUCAAAAAAACACCUUAAUUUGCACAAUAACUUAUACUUUUUUUCAUCCUGGCAGCGUUUUCUUCUGUCUUUUUCCCAAAGCCAAGGUGAGGAGUUAGGCAAGUUUCUGCAGAGAUGACUUGUUCCUGCAACCAGGUGGUUUCUACCUUGGUUAUUCAUUGGUGGGCAUUACUACUGUGUGCUGCUCUACACUGUGCAUGUUUGGGUUGUCUCUUCUUGCCCACUGAUGUGUGCAGGAGGUGAGGGCACCUGGUUCAUGCUGGGAUACCCAGUGUGCCGGCAUUCGGCAUGACCACAUUGUCCAUACCACCCAUCAGGCAACAACUGGCCCCCUGCAGGCUGGCACACACAGCAAUAAAGGACCUACCAGCACAGAGUGAGAUCACUUUAUCACAAGCCCAGCAUCCCAUUCUGGGGCUGUGGGAUAUGCAUACCAGUGGUACAGCAUUCAGAGUUGCCGUGGUGCACACAGUGUGGCAGUACGCCCAACGUGUGUCCAAUACACAGUGGCACUUUGACCAGUGGGCUGGGCUCAGCCAGCCCCAGCCUCCAACCAUCUCUCCACAGCAAAAACUGCAGCAGUUUCAUGUCCCCGUGUCCCUCUGAUGACAUGAUCCUAAAUGGCAUCCUGCACUGAAUGUUCCGACAGCCUUCACUCUUGUGUUCGACCCCAAGACAGGCCACCAAGAUGACAUCUCAUCGCUGUUUUGUGUUAUUCCAGCAAGAUUUUGUGUUCUGCAGCACUGAGUGACUGGCAAGCUGAAAAACAAUAUCCUAACAGAGCGAAGACACAAGCUUGUGUGACAUAUUUUUGGGAUAAAGCAAUAUUGCCAGACAUUUGGGAAUUAGUCCCUGAAAAAAAAGGACAUUUUUCUCAUUGGUUUGCUUCAUAAUUAGUUCCAAACUUCAGAGUGAGUGCAGUUUCCAAGUAGGAACAAUUGCUUGUGUUUAAUUUAGAACAAUUCAUGUUUCUCAACUAAAUUAAAUCAAAGCCACAGCAGGGACUUUAUAAAUGGAGAAGUCAUUUUAAUAAUUACUUCCUCAUAAGACAUGCCCAAGAGGAAAAGAGAUGCUCUCAGUCAUGGAGCUGCUCUCCUAAGCAUGAGGGGGAUCAGGCUUUCCUCCCUCUGCUUUCUGAUGCACCUGCUGCAGGACAAGAUAAGCACCAUUCCAGUCCUGGAAAAUCGAGACCUGCAAGAUGCAAUCAAGCCACGGGGGGUACGGUUUUACUCACUGAAUUUCAACAAUACCCUGCGCUGGCUGCCUGGAAGGGCUGGAGAGGGAGAAACCACGCUCUACUUUGUGCAGUAUAAAGUGUAUGGGCAGAGCAAGUGGCAAAACAAAGAAGAGUGCUGGGGGAUUCAGAGCCAUUUCUGCGACCUGACAGAGGAGACUUCUGACGCCUAUGAGGCUUACUACAGCAGGGUGCAAGCCGCUUCCACUGAUGUCCGCUCCGACUGGAGCCUCAGCUGCAGGUUCACUCCCUGGCGAGAAACUAUGAUAGGACCUCCAACAAUAAAGGUGGUUCACAGCAACAAAUUUGUAAUACUAAAGCUCCAGGCUCCACGUUCGGCUUAUAAAAGGAAGAGAGGCAGCAUGAUACCAAUGACAAAUUAUUAUGAUCUUCUGUACCAAGUCUUCAUAAUUAACAACUUGCUAGAUGAGCUUAGUCAUAGACACACAUGCAUGACCAGCUGUUUCUCCUCCCUCUGUCUGAAGCAACACAGAGUGCUGGUGUAUGAAGGAAAAGACAAAGUGAUCAAAAUAGAAGACCUGAGGCCGGGAAUCAGCUACUGCAUCGUGGCUAGAACAUCAGUGCUGGUGCUGGGCCGCAGCAGUGCCUACAGCAACAGACAGUGCACUGUGCUGCUGUGACCAGGUGGCCGCUGCCGCAGGCCAGAGCCAGAGAAGAUGAAGCAAGCUGACACCCACCCGCUCCCCAAAAGGAGAAGGUGGCACAUGGCAGGAACGCUGCUGUCUCAGAGGGCAUCGUUUGCCAGAGUUCUUGCAUCUUCUUGGCUCGUUUCACUCCAGACGAGAAUGAUAAGCCCAAAAAGGUUAGAAGAACGGUGGGGAUAAUUAUUUGCAUGCUGUCAGAGUGCUCAGAAAUGCCUCCUUCUUCCCUUUCUUUAACCAGUUAUGCAUAAUAUUGUUUCCUCAGUUUUUAUUGCCAUCAUGCAAUUAUUAACCAGGAAAAUGAGUGGUCUCCAGCUUUGUUAACAGGCAAUUCUGCUGCAACAUCUCUAGGGAUUUACCCAGUGUGUUUAGUCUAGAUGUACCCAUCCUCACUUAAUGGCCAUUAUUUAGGUGUUACGUGUUUAAAAAUGAGUCGUUUAUGAAAUUUCAUGAGUUUCUAUGAGCCAGAAUGCAAGAGUUAUUUCAACUAGCUGGUCUGAAUAGUCUAUUUUCUCACCUCAAUCACUGUAUUAUAUUAAUGUAUCACUUGCUCAGCAGAGAGAUUUACUAUUCAUCCUGCCUUGCAGGUGCCAAGGUGCAAAGCACAUUAGGACAUCUGUGACACUGGCCACAGCAAGCUUAAGUUUAGGUCCUUUCUAAGAGAGAAAACUAGGAAAUCUUCAGACUUUGAGCCUGGGUGCCUCCUGGCUAUAGCAUAACUGUAACAGAUUUUCUUUCUUCUACUUCAUCAAGUGAUGCAUAACAUUAGUCUUUCUUGAGAUACAGUCAAUAGUUCAGGCUAAGGAGCUUGUUUCUAGGUGAUUUCCCUACACUGAUGAAGAGCUUUCCCUGUACUGUACAAAGCAGAACAGCUUACAGAGGUACAAGAGGGGUGCAGGCAGAAGGCAUCUUCAGUUGAACUCCAUAGCAUGCUGCUUAAACAUGCACUGCAGCAGCAGUUCUUUCUCUUCCCAGUUACUGCAGUAACGGUGGAGGCUGCCUCCUGUUACAGGCCCAGCUGUAAACUGACAUCUGGGGUCUAGAAUAUGGCUGGACUACACAUGUGGAUGCUUUUUAAAUUAAAAUUUGCCGCAUUAAAUAAUUAAUUUUAUUAAUCAUUUAAUGUUACACAAAUCCCAAGGACUCUUUGUAUUCCCUAUAGCACAAUUUAAGACAAUAUGUAUCUGCAUUUAUAUUGUAAUAAAAAAAAUGUGAAAACCACUUGUGAAAAUAUCUUUAAGAUUGUUUCUACGGUUUUCUACUUUAAAACUUGGAGUUAAAAUAUGAUUUAUGAAUUAGAAGUUUCAAACACUUUGUUUCUUCUAUAACAAAGGUUGUAGAAGAAAGUGAAAUAGAAGUCCUUUAAAAUGUGUGCCCAGUGCUACGCCUUCAUAGUGUCCUCAGUGUAACAUUUCUGGUAGUGAAACCAUUGUACAAUUAGACAGGAAAUCAUGUACACUGAAAUGGAAAAGAUCCUUGCUUUCAGUUAAUGACAGACAUUUAGGGGGAAGAGAACUGUGUUUUAAACCAAUAAAGAUGAACAAACUCUAUCCAUCACCUGUGAUUUCCAACGAUUCAACUCUUCCUUGUCUGUCUCACAAGAGAAAAGUUUUCCUGGGCAAGGACUGAGUAGAUACACACCAAGCCACCAAUGGAGAAGGGAAGUGGCUUUUGCCAGUUCUACUAGGUCUGUAACUAAUAAUAAUCUUUGCACUUAACAUCAUUCUACUAUUGGGAAUUAUAUGAGGCAGUGAGAGGGGGCCAGGCGUAAGAAAGCAAAGUUUUACCCUUGGGUAAAUGGAGUUCCCUGCUACAUAGUUGCUCUCCACUUUUCCCAUAAUUUACAGAUACUGGGGUGAAUUUUUUUGUCAUCAGCACCUCACCUACAAGCAGCACUGCUGAAAGCAGCAGCAGGAUGCCAGCAGCAGGAAUUGGGGAAGAGGCCAUGCUUAAGUAAGUGAAUGCUGGUCACUUGUGCCCUCACCAAAAUGAAAAAAGACAUCACAUACUAAAUAUUUCUGCCAUCUGAUUCUAACACGAUGUAUUUGAAUGACUUCUCUUGCAAGAAUCUAAUCAUGUCCACACAUUUAGUCCAUAAAAUCAGGUUUCCUGCUCAGUGCUUCCCUAUUUACUCCUCUCCCUCUUCUUCCAGUGGUUUUACUGUGCCCCUGUUGCACAGUUUCUUAAUUCAGUUACAUUUAUUUGGAAAAUGAGACUACUUAAACCUUGAAACAAUACCGAGCCCCAUGACAAAUUCCAGAUCUCAGCAACUGCUGAUAAGUUGCAAGAACUGCAUGCAACCUGCACGAUGCUGCCCUGCUCUACCCCUUGCACUGGGCAGAACCUCCAUAAAACUGCUCAGGCAAAGUGUUAGGAAACAGCACGUUGUGUAUUGCAGCACUGGUGACUUUAUCCACUUGUGACUUACCACAGCCUGAAGAUAUAUGCAGUAAUUCAAGUUCUUUCUCAAAUUCACUUCUUGCCUUAGUGCAGCUCAUUUUACCCUUGUUAAACUAAGAUAAACUUUUAUUACGGUCACAUCUACUAAUCCUGGUCAGGGAACAGUCUCUAGAUACAGUACCCAUGUCAGAUUUAGAGCAUAAAAAUGUUUAGGACUCUAAAUCUUCAACAGAAUUUAUAAAGAAGAUGCCUGAAGAGUUUGGACCUGGCUAGAAAUGUAGUAGGUGCCAUGCUAUAGAAUCAUAGAAUCCUCAGAGUUGGAAAGAACCUUUAAAAGUCAUCUAGUCCAACUCCCAACUCCUAUGGACUCACAGAAGUUGGAAACCAAAUUAUUUUUCUUUUUUAACUUGAUAAAAUUAUACAGAAUUGUACAGAGGGAAAAAGAAUUAGAAAUCUGAAGAAGUCUUGUGCUGUCAUAUUUGCUAACAAGAUUUCACUUCCUUAGCAACAACACAGCCUUACAGAAAGUGGUGCAAGAGUUGCAGGAAUUGCUUCCAUUCUGAAAGCAACUUUAUUUAUUAUUAACAACCGCAUGAUUUUCUGCAAAAGUCACUUUUCUCUUUCUGUUUGGAAUUUGAAUUUAUUUUUGGCAUGGCUUUGCAAUGUAAUUUUACUAGGGAAGGUUCUGGUAAAAUGGUUAGUGCCAUAUUUUUUCUCCACAGGCAGCAGUAGUGCCCUUUUCCCACAACAAGCUCCAUUGGGUUUGCAGAACAGAGGGUUCAUGCAGGUACCAGCUGCAUGAUCUACACCCACAGCACCUAGACAGUGCUGGUAAUGCUGUUGCUUUUAAAAACAAAAUUUUGGAUGCCUUACCCCACAUGCUGCACUGCUGUUAAUAUCUCUGUGAAGGCAAAAAGGAGGAAUAACUUUCUCCUAGGCUCUGAACUACAGCGGGGCUUUCCUGAAGGCAAGACAGUGUGGAAAUAAUUGGAAAAGUGAAUUCUGGCCUUCUCCCCCCUUCCUUCUCAUGGGUACAAGGUUGUCUCUGGUGUGGGUCUACCUCUCAGAGCUGACAUGUGGGGUGUUCAGCACAUGUGCACACAAGGCAGGAUGCCUUCAAGUUGUUGGCUUGAUCCCCAGAAUGGGGCUGUCCACGUAGAGCACAUGCUGGAACUCUCCUGGCCUCUUCUCUGCUGCGAACCAUGGAGGGCCUUCUGCAAUGAAGCCUGAAUAGGGUGGAGGAGAGUAGUGUCCAUGCAAUUCCCCUACAAGCCAUUGCCUCAAGCACCUUUUUAGCAUUUGGAAGGAGCUAGGCUCACAAGCCAGCCUUUUAGAGCCUCUGAUUGCAGAGGGUGCCUGGCAGGAUCCAUCUUCUAAUGUAGGCCAUGGCUAAGGCUCAUGAGAUUACAGUUGCUGACAUUUCCAGCUAGCCUGUACUUCUGGCAAGCAGUUUGCAGGGUCCAGCUGAAAACACCCUCCCCCCAGAUUUUUUCCCACUUGCAGAGCAGACACUUCCAAGCAAAGAGCUAAAGCCUGGGUUGAAACUAGAUGAUCAUCACGGCCCUCUUUAACCCAAGUCAUUCUAUGAUACUACAAUUCUAUAAAAUACUGGUUACUAGAGCCACAGCGUUUCCAUAAAGUGGAAAGAUGAAGCAGAAGAACAAAAUCAGGACUUGCACAAUUUGUUCUCUAAGAUCUCGCCUGCUGCAUCACUGGGGAUGUCCACAGUCACACACACAGCCUGUUGCAGUGGCUUCAUGUGACCACAUCCUCCUGUCACAGCUGGGG